UAUUAUUUCUAAGCUCUAAAUUUUUUUUAGUAUUCGUGAACUUAUAACUAUAUUAUUGGAAGAAUUUGUACUGGGCAACCGCUAUUUUUUCUGUCGUUUUAUAUACUUAAAACGGCCAAAGCUUGUUUGACGCUGGAUAUUCGAAUAACGAAAAUAAAAAAAUGCCAUCAAAUGACAUGAUAGGUGGAUUUCUGCCAGUAAUCGAAACCGUUAUAGAUUCCACGUAUGCAUUCCCGGGCUUUUGCAUUGAUGAUGUGCAACAGAAUUUGUGGGUGAGACAAAUCAAUCAUAUGUGCUGACAAGUGGAUAUUAUCGCUCAGAAUAUUGGAAACAGUUGAAAGCUCCCCAUAUAUCUUUUAUUUUUUUAUUUUGUUAUUUGGACUUAUAAUAAUAAUAAACAACAAUGUGGAACUGCAGCAAAAAAUUGUUAACUAAAAUGGGCUUCUAAAACAUUAAAAAAAUAUAAAGUAUACAUGAAGAAUAAUAGUUACAACAAAAGAACACAGCGAAGGACUUGGAUUAAAGUAUUUAUAUUGAAGUCUGGAUAUAUUCUGAAUCGGCUAGCUGUUUCAGCUGCUUUGCUUUUAAUAUGGAUGCUAAGAAAGACGCAGCAAUACCUCAAACAAGUGGCACUACAUUGCGACGACCGGCUCAGUUUGUGAAGAAACGCUCUGGCUCACUGGUCGAUGCACUUGAUGAGCUACACCGUGAGAUCUAUGAUAAGCCUUCAACACCGGUUUCAGCGCCAAAAACAUCGAUUCCCACAGCUUGGGUGACACAGGUGACGCCUUUGGAUGUUGGUGCGAAGUUGCCUAUAUUAGCGGUGACAGCUUCAUCGUUCCAACCUGCCCGACGGCGUCCAACAAUCAAGGAGAAGGAGAAAAAACGAGAGCGAUGGCUCCUUACUAGGAAAACGUGGAAAUAUAUGACUGAUGCUGGUCGUAAGUUGAUUCCAGAUGGAGCUCAAAACCGCAAGGAAGAUAUACCAAAGAUCGAAGUGCAUUUCCAGCAGACGUGUUCUAAUGAGCCUCGUUUUAUAUUAUGGCCUCGCAAAUCUUCUUAUCCAGGCGCCAUGCGCAACUCCAAGCGCCGAAUAAAACACUUUCUGCAGCAUACUGGACAGAAAGGACCGCUUACUAAUAAUGCUUUGGAACAGGAACAGGCUGACAAUGCUGACCUAGUUAUUGGUCUACUACAGUCUUAUUUGAAGCUUGAUGAGGUUUGUAAAACGACCACAUUACUUAGCUCGAAGACGAUACGUCCAGAUCAGACAGCCUCCCCAAGCGCGCAACGCCCGGGUAGACUACGGAGACUCCCUAUAAACAUCGACAAUAUUACUUCAAGAGGACCUGGUUUUUUAACGUCUACUCAGCGUCCGAAAGUUUUACAAGAGUUAAGCGAAAUUGAUCAAUUACUGGAGCGGUUACGUAUACUGUCUUGCAGUUCAAAAGUGUAUGCACUCACUAUACCUCCAGAGAGCAUUACGCCUGCUAUUCUCGAAGAUAAAGGUUUAUUAAAACAAAUAUAUAAUUUACUUAAAAAACAACAGCUACAUCGUCUUUUAAGUAAACAUUCCACCUCGCCACUGAAGGGUGCACCGUCACAACUUGAGCACUCGUCAUCAUUGUCUAGUCUGCUAAAUUUUGGUGCUGGUGCUACUGAUACCGGCAGAUUUGGAAACAAAGAAAGAUGUCAUGUUAUAUCCACCGCAGAUCCCAUGAAAGGUCAGAUCCCUUUGGUGACAACGACAUCUGAAACUAUAAAAACAACAAUUGGCACUAUACCCAAAAAACCUUUGCGCAGCGUCAGAAAAGAUCCCAGCUGCGGAGCAAUGUCUCCUAUAGCCACGCCUCGGCAGCGAAAGCCGCCAAGUUCGCUGCAUAUACCAUGUUUAUAUAGCGAUAAUAAAAAUAGUCCACCCUUAUGUCAUACUAAGCCGCUGCUGGUUGAAAAACAUUUUAACUCUUGUGGUUCUCAAACGAAUUUCGUGUCAUUGCAAGAGAUAAAACGGCUAGCAGAAGUAUAUAAACAGCGUAAACGGGAGGAAAUAACGCUAAAUGCUUCAUCGAUUACGACGCCUGCCGCUACCGAUGAUGAAGCAGAGAAAGGUGGGUCAACGACACUGUGCAGAACUCAACACCAUAGCCGCAAGGGCUCUAUUGAUAACGAAGAUAUAUCGCAGUCGGUCAGUGAUACAAUUAAACGAUACUUACGUAUGGCCCGAAAAAAAAGUGUUCAUGAUGAUGAUGCCAAUCGUUUUAAACGUGUUAACUAUGAUCGAAAUUUGCGAAACAUAAAAGCCAAAGGCGAAAUUAAUCCCCCUGGCAUGGAUGAAGGAAAUUCGAAAGCUGUGCAAACAUUGGACGCAUGGCCGCUGAUAUCUUUGGAUUUUAUUCGUGGCAACGAAAAAUCUGGUAUUUUAGAGGCUGCACAUAUCGAGUGGCGGAGAGCACUCGAGGAACGAAUGCAAAAGAAGCUUGAAUAUGAACAGAACUUAAAUUUACAGACUGAUGCUUGCGAUAGUACAUCUAUGGCUAGAGACACAGAACCGUCCGUAUCGAGUUGUAAUUCAUCAUCGGCACCAACUUCGCCUAUAUCCCACAAAACUGUGCAUGCAAGUAAUCAUUUUAGCAGUGGAGUUAGUGGGCUUCGAUUAGUCGGAUCACAGUUUUUAUCCAAUUUAUGGCAUGGUGCAAGUAGUGGUGCUUCAUCAGCUUUUCAUGAUGAUGACCCUGGUAGCAGCCAUCAUGUUAGUGGUAGCUUAUUAAAAUUUCAUCGAAAUGGAAAGAGCAAUCAAAAUACUGGAAACAAUGAUUCUUCUCCGAAGAAUGUAAGUUUGGGCGCAGUAAUGCAAAAAUCCAAAUCAUCGUCCAAUGUUGGGCAGUUCGUCACCAGAAAGAUACUUAAAAGGCGUUCGAAAAGUCAAUCUCGAUCCAGCACCCAAACUCCAUUUUCGAAAUGGGAGCCAGCGGAGAAGUUCACUUGGGCCUCGGAGAAUGGAGAUCGUUUAUUGAUACAAGAUUCUUGUUUACAAAAUCUCACCGACAUCGAAGCAAAAAUCUUGCGACGUGUUGCAUUAGAAAAGAUAAGUGAGCUAAAUAUUGGAGCCAAUGUUUUAUUAGACAACGAUGGUAAGCAACAGAAGCGACGGGUUAUACCUAAGAAAAAAGCGAUAACAACCAGUUUCUUUGAUAUCAGUAAAAAGGAGGACCAGAGCGGUGGCAAUGGCAUAUUUGGUAACUCUUUGGAAUGUUGUUUAAUCAAUGAUAAGAAGCGCAAUUUAAAGGAAUCGUCUGAACGCGGUUCACGCAAUUCAAUUGCAUCGCUUUUUCGUAGCGGUAGCGGAAGUGAAUCGUCAAGCAAGCUGCAUGAAAAUGUACGAUCAUAUGAAAGUCUACCCUCGAGCACAUUUUCUCUUGCAUCACCGCAUGGUGGUGAUAACAGUAUUGAUAGUGGACGUGCUUCUGGUUCGAAAUCGGGUUGCGGCUACUUUGGUAGUAUUUCAAAGUUUACAUCGAUGCAGAUGCAAAUUUCACGAAGCCAAUCUGAUAUAAGACGACGAAGUCAAGAUUUUGACUUGCAACGCUUCAAGCUGCAAGAUUGCACCGAUUUUAAGGAGCCCCAUGAAAUGUCUGAGAAUUUAUUACAAGUGCCUAAAUUCAUAUCGUCGUGCAUAAAAUAUCUCGAAGAGUAUGGUCUGCAUAUGGUUGGACUAUUUCGCGUGAGCACUUCCAAGAAGCGUGUAAAACAGAUGCGGGAGGACUUCGAUAAAAAUUCCAUGACAGCUAUUAAGGCCGAAACAUGUCCACAUGAUGUUGCAACGUUACUUAAAGAAUUUCUACGAGAUUUACCCGAUCCCCUGCUCUGUUCUGGACUUUACAAAGCAUUUCUAGAAACUCAAAAAAUACGCAACCGCCGACUACAGUUGGAGGCGAUAUCGCACUUAGUAAAACUGCUUCCAGUGGCUCAUCGUGAUACUCUUUACGUCUUAUUAAAGUUCUUAGCGAAGGUCGCAUCCUGUUCAGACGAUGUGUCUGGUCACGGUGGUAAUACUCAAAUUAGUGGAAAUAAAAUGGACAGCAAUAAUUUGGCAACCGUGUUUGCACCAAAUAUUCUACGUACAUCGCUGAAAAGUCUCUCAAACACCGCUACAGCAGAUAUAGCCGCUUGUGGCAAUAGCAACGAAAAGGAAUCCAUGAGUGAUGCCAUAAAUGUGAUUAGAAUUAUGAUAGAUCAUUACGAGGAAAUUUUCAAAGUGCCAGCGGAUCUAAUUGACAUUGUAUAUUCCCACAUGCUGGACGAGUCUCCGGAAGAUCUUUAUUGCCUAUGCGAACAACGCUGUCAGAGUCUAAGAUAAUUUAUCAACCUCUGCUAUGGAGGGUUCAGAUACUCGAGUACACUAACGCACCAAUAAUGGCAAUAGAGACGGGGACGGUAAAAUUACAAACAUCGACCAUUAAACUAAUUCACGUAAUAAACCUACAACAGUACGAGCCAAUACUUAAUGAAAUAAGAAGCACCUUGACUGAAGACGUAACAAAAAGUAAUGAAAGUUACCUUUACCUAAUGCACGAAAUUCUAAUUAUUGAAAGCGUAUUACGGAGAUUAAAACACCGGAAAACACUGGAACACCGUAUCAUGAUGAUUUCUAAAUUAUUUUGAGAUAAAAUUAAUGAUGUUUUAAGAAACAAUAAUCAACAGGUAGUUAUAAAUAUAAUAGAUUGGUGUAAGAAAGACUAAAUGAUUAAAUUCGAAAAGACUUAUCGGCGGUGUUAAAGAGAAAACUCAACAUAAUAAAUGUAGAUUAUGUAAUUCAAUGGUCAAAUACCUGCUUAUAACACCUGCUUAUCAAUUAAAUUAUUCAAUCAGACCUAGAAUUAAGAAUAAAAAAAGAUUUUUUUGAAGAACAGAAAAUUAUGUACCAUAUGCCAAUCUUGUAGAAGCCAUU